AUUCCCAACUCACAAAGACAAAGUUGGUCAUCAACUCAUCUUCAUUUUCCCUCUUUCUCUCUCUUCCAUCUCCUGUUACCUCUCUCUCAUUUCUCUCUUUUUCCUUUGUUCUUCCCCCUUUUUUAUUUCUUGUUUCUUUUCAUUUUCUCUUUUUUUCUUCAUCCGCUUCUUUUUGUUUUUCUCAACCUUUUUUCUUCCUCCCCUCUCUGUAUUCAUGACGGACAAGGGAAGGCCACUGCCCAAGUUUGGUGAAUGGGAUGUCAAUGACCCAGCUUCAGCAGAGGGAUUCACUGUCAUCUUUAAUAAGGCCAGGGAUGAAAAGAAAACAGGUGGAAAACCUGAGUCCCCUGCAAAGAACCAGCCCACAUCUAAGCCCGGAAUAGAGUCCACUAAGUCUCAGCCUAAAAAGUGGUUAUGCUGUGUGCAAGCUCCUGAUGUGCACUCUUAAUGAGAUAUGAGAAUUGAAAUGAAAGAAGGGGAUGAUGAUUGGCUGAGAUCCCACACCAACACCAUUUCUGAUUUCUCCACUAAGAUAAGAUGUUAAGAGUUGUGAUAGGCUGCAUCCCAAUCACAUUUUUUUCUUUUCUUUCUCUGUUCUAUUAGAAUCAGACUACUGUGUUGGUGUGGGAAGGAAAAUAUGAAAGGAAGACGCUUAAUAUUGUAUUUAUAUCUACUGAAUUGUGUGGAUCAUUAUUAAACAAAAAACACCAAAAAAAAAAAAAAAAAAAAACCCCACAAGCUUUUCUUUUGUACUCACCAUUUCUUGUGCUUUUGAGUUGUAAAGCUUUUCGUUUGUUGUAUCAGUGGAAUGGCUUGGUUUUGCUACAACA